CCUAUUAACAGAUGAGCUUGGCGAACAAGUUUACAGACUUCAGUUUCAGAGCCGUGGGGGACAGAGCAGCUUCGAGCAGAGCGAAACCAGAAGCACCUGCAGACACAUUUGCCUGUUUAGGCAGAACUUUUUUUUCCCCAUCUGCUUAUGAGACUGGUCAGUACCUCUACCUCUUUGACUUUUGGCGCUGUUUUGUGAACUUUUUUUAUGUGCCUGUGAGUGAACACUAAAAGCCGCCUGAAUGUAUAACAUGAUGGAAACCGAGAUCAAGUCCCCGCUCCCGCAGCCGAACUCAGGCUCGGCACCGGGCUCAAAGAACAACAAUGCCAGCGACCAGGAGCGGGUGAAGCGGCCCAUGAACGCCUUCAUGGUCUGGUCCCGGGGACAGCGGAGGAAGAUGGCACAAGAAAAUCCAAAAAUGCACAACUCUGAAAUCAGCAAGCGGCUUGGUGCUGACUGGAAACUUCUGACUGACGCUGAAAAGAGGCCAUUCAUCGACGAGGCCAAGCGUCUACGCGCUAUGCACAUGAAGGAGCACCCGGAUUAUAAAUACCGUCCUCGCAGGAAGACCAAGACCUUGCUCAAGAAAGACAAGUAUUCUUUGCCCGGGGGACUGUUGGCGCCAGGAGCCAAUGCCGUCAACAACUCAGUGUCGGUGGGGCAGCGGAUGGACGGUUACGCGCACAUGAAUGGCUGGACAAACAGUGCGUACUCCCUCAUGCAGGAUCAGUUGGCCUACCCGCAACAUCACAGCAUGAACAGCCCUCAGAUUCAGCAGAUGCACCGGUACGAGAUGGCAGGGCUCCAGUACCCGAUGAUGUCCUCGGCGCAGACCUACAUGAACGCAGCUUCCACGUACAGCAUGUCUCCAGCGUACACGCAGCAGAACACCAACACCAUGGGACUGACCUCCAUGGCUUCCGUCUGCAAGACCGAGCCAAGCUCGCCGCCGCCGGCCAUCACGUCCCACUCUCAGCGGGCGUGUUUGGGGGACCUGAGGGAUAUGAUAAGCAUGUACCUGCCUCCCGGCGGCGACAGCGCGGAGCAUUCCUCCCUGCAGAGCAGCCGGUUACACAGCGUCCAUCCGCACUAUCAGACCGCAGGGACUGGCGUCAAUGGCACGCUACCUCUCACCCACAUCUGAGAGCAGCACAAAGAAAAGACUUAAAACUUUUUUUUAAAAGAGUACUUCGGAUACUUGAACUUUUUGGUUGCUAAAGAAACAACGUUUAACUGUUUGGCUCAAAAAUAUUUUCUCAACAUCUUGAGUUAUGUGUCAGCCCUGCGAUGGAUUGGCGACCUGUCCAGGGUGUACCCC